AUGUCAACAGACGACCCCGCAACUCCUGCCACAAACGGUGCGCACAAGAUUCGAUUCAUCCCGCUCACCUACAGCUCUGCUGAAUCGCAAACGUCAGCUCUUCGCCUCAUCCUAGCCCUCCGGCCAGACUGGGAGAGUGGAAAGGUGGAAUUCAUUAGGUUCACAGACGGAAUCACAAAUACGUUGCUAAAGGUUGUGAAUAAGAAGGAUGGAUUGACGGAGGAGGAGGUAGAUAGCGAGGCUGUUCUGCUGAGAGCAUACGGAAAAGGCACAGAUCUCAUAAUCGACCGGGAGCGCGAAACCCAAAAUCAUGAGCUCCUCUCGCAGUACAACCUUGCCCCGACACUGCUGGCCCGAUUCCACAAUGGAAUGCUAUACAAGUUCAUCCGCGGUGCUGUCACAUCUCCAGCAGACCUGAGACGGGAGGAGAUCUGGCGGGCGGUUGCUAGAAAGCUGGCGGAAUGGCAUGCUGUCGUGCCUUGUAUUGCAACGCCCAGAAAACCACUGACAGAGGAGAUACACGGCAGCGAGGAGUUUGCUAUGCAGGCGCCAACACCGAGCAAGAAGGAUCCUGCGUUGCAAACAGCGAUUGACAAUGUUGCUCCGGGAAAGCCAGCCGCAAAUAUGUGGACGGUGAUGCAGAAGUGGAUAUAUGCUCUCCCUGUCAAAACAGAUGCCGAGAAGACCCGGCAAGCAGAUCUGCAGAAGGAAUUGACUCGCCUGGUUGCAGAAUUCAGCAACCGGCCGGGUCUGGGAGAUAACAGUCUUGUGUUUGCUCACUGUGACUUGCUCAGUGGAAAUGUGAUCAUACAACCACAAUCCGCAGCGACAACUCCCAACGCGCCUAAGGUGGUUAGCUUCAUUGACUAUGAGUACGCCACACCCUCGCCAGCAGCCUUCGACAUUGCGAACCACUUUGCCGAGUGGGGUGGAUUCGAAUGUGAGUACGACCUGCUUCCGACCAAGUCCCAGCGUCUGGACUUCAUCCGUGAAUACAUCCGCAGCUACUUCCAGAACCUGGGCCAGCCAAAACCCGAGGAAGAGCAAGAGGCUGAGGCGCAUACCCUGUUCGCCGAAGUGGACAUCUACCGCGGGAUCCCAGGUUUCUACUGGGGCAUCUGGGGGUUGAUCCAAGCCACCAUCUCCCAGAUUGACUUUGACUAUGCAUCUUACGCUGAAAUCAGAUUAGGUGAGUACUGGGGUUGGAGAGAGGAGAGCGAUGGGAGCCGGGCGGCGGCUGGAAAGGCGGCGACUGUGCGGGAAAAGCGGUGGGCGCAGGAGUGA